UUUUCACAAUUCGCUUUUCAGUUGGAUCCACGCUGUCGUCGCGUUAAAACCUAGACGACUUGUAUACAACCGUACAAGUACGACGGACAUUUGGUUUGACCAGCUAAAGAAAGCUCUAGCAGACGUGCGGACACGGCGUACGUUGCCAUACGCGCACAGCGAGUGAACGCAAGCAGAACAGCCGUCGUGGAGCUUGUCGCGACGCGUAAAUCAUCGACAAAAUAAAAUAAAGAAAUUCAAAGUAAAAAAAAAUAAAAUAUAUAAAAAUUUAAAGAUAACGUAAAAUUUCUGAAAAUUUGCUAUUGUUUCAUGAUUAUAUUUUAUGCAAUUUUUAAUUAAUUAAUAAGUAUGUUUUCUAUUGCGGAAACAAGCGCUUGCUAAGUGUUUACUAAAUAAACUCAAGUGCCCAAACAGUGAUAAAAAGUGUAAUUUAAUUACUAUACAUCAUUAACAAUGGACUUCGACCAAAUAUUGGAGGAAAUCGGCGAGUUCGGUCGGUAUCAGAAGACCAAUUAUCUGCUCAUCUGUUUGCCGGUAAUGUUUGCGGCAGCGAACAGUUUAUCGUAUGUGUUUACCGCUGGAACGCCGGCCUAUAGAUGCCUGAUACCACAGUGUGAUGAUCCAAUCGAGCCUCAAUUACACGCACAUUGGCUGGCCAAUGCGACACCGGGCUCGUACGAUAAAUACGGGCAUUUCACACCGGAAAAUUGUUACCGUUAUAAAGCAGUCAGCGACAAUAUAACCGACGUAUAUCAUAUCAGCGAAUGUUCGAAGGAUUUCUUCAAUCAAAACAUACGCGAGCGAUGCUACUCGUGGGUAUAUGACGAUGACGAGCGAACUAUUGUGCAAGAAUGGCAGUUAACUUGUAAAGAAAACGUUUGGAAGCUCGCUUUUGUGGGCACAAUGCAUUUUGCGGGACUCGUAGUGGGAACAGCAAUCUCCGGAUAUCUAGCCGAUCGCUUUGGACGGAAGAAUAUUUUUAUACUCUGUAGCGUCUUCAUGGCCAUUACAGGCAUUGCACAGGGUCUCGCAUGGGACUACAAUAGCUUCUUAGUUUUCGCAUUUCUCAAUGCAGUCGGCACUUCGGGUGUAUACCCGUUAGCCUUCAUUAUCGGGGUGGAAAUGGUGGGUCCCAGCAUGCGAGAGAUGUCCUCGAUAGUACUGAACUACUUUUAUGCCGUUGGUGAAGCGCUGGUGGGUGCAACCGCUUGGCUACUACAAGACUGGCAGCUAAUACAAUACGCGCUGUCGGUGCCACCGCUCUUCUUCAUCGCCUACUAUUGGUUCGUGCCGGAGUCAGUGCGUUGGCUCCUCGCACGAAAUGAACGCGAAAAGGCGGGUGUGAUUAUAAAACGCGCUGCAGCCAUUAAUAGGCGAGAACUCUCGCUGCAACUACUGGCCAGUUUUAAGACCGAAAAUUGUGUGCCACCACCAACGCCGACGAAAGCGACGGAUGGCGAUGCGGAUUCGGAGAAGAUGCGAGAAAAUGGUGUUGGAGGUAAAAAUGAAAUUUGGCGCGCAGUCUGUGAUAUAUUCAAGUCAAAAACACUUCUAAUACGUUAUGCGAUAAUGCUGUACAUUUGGGCUAUAAAUGCGGUCGUUUUCUAUGGACUCUCAUUGAAUUCAACAAAUCUUAGUGGCAAUAAAUAUUUAAAUUUCGUUUUAGUCUGUCUGAUAGAAAUUCCCGGUUACACGCUAGCUUGGAUAUGCUUGCGAAAAUUGGGUCGACGAUGCGCUUUAUCGGGUUCACUCUUUCUUUGUGCCGCCACUUGUAUAGCGGGCGGUUAUAUAACUAAAGGGAACGUAUUACGAAGCAUUGCCACUACUACUCUUUGGAGCUGCAUCCUUCUCAGCAGGUCUUUUGGGGCUAUUGUUACCAGAAACAUUUCGAAAGAAACUGCCUGAUACGGUCGCUGAGGCAAAACAAAUGAACAAAGCAACGCCUAUUAAGAAACCAGCCGCUGCAGCUGUAUCGGAAGAGCAAGUCGUUGUGAGUAUCAAUGCUGAUGGAGAUGCAGCAAACAGCGGCGAUGAAAUGCAACCCAGUUAUACAGCGCGACAUGUUGAACCAUAAGUGUGGCUUUACAUAUUUUAUUUUAACUUUAAGAUCAGCUGUUAUAUUAAGAAUUUAUAUGUAUAAAAUAUAGCUUUUUAUCAUAUAUUUAUAAGAAAUACAUGUGUAUGUGCUACAAACAGAUAGAAGCACUCCCAGUCGGGUUUAAGUAACCGGAACGGACACGAUUUUUUAUCUGCCCAAGGACUGUCGACUCGCACGAUUCCUCGAAAUUAUUUCAAAAUUGUUUUCUGCAGCUACAGUUACAACAACAGAGAGUUGGUGUGGCAUAUUUUGCACCACCAACUUACCGCAGCAAAUAUUAUUAUAAAAUAUGGUUUCUUUUUUAAAAUUUUUAUGAGCGGCAAAAAAGUACCUAUUUAUAUAGUUAUUGUUGAAAAAUUAUAUUUAUUAUAAAGCUACUUUUUCAAGUUUACAAGAAACAUAUAUGAAUGUAAACACACGAACCUAAUGCAGCAAACAUAUGUAUGUAUGUA